AAAAGAAUUCUGCGGAAGACUAGAGCGGUGCUCUCGGUUCUCGUGGCAGCUUGGGGUUACCCACCUGUUGUGGAAACAGCACUGCGCACGCGGUGCGGGCCGCCCCCCUCCCCCCCGCGCCAGUUUUCUUGAGUCGCACGGUGACGCCAUUACGGAGCGCGCCAAUCAGGGCUGGCUGGAGGGCGGGCUCUUCAAAUUUGAAUUCCGAAACUUGUGUCAGGGAGCCUCGCUGAGGAUGUGAGGGUCACCUGUGGCCGGACUACGGAGGGCUGGAGCCGACUUGGGCCAGAGGGCGAGCCCUGGGGCGCCCGGCCCACCCCCACGCGAAGCCAAGCCCGGACUGCCGUCUUCUAGCUCUAUCAGGCCCUUCACCCAAGGUUCCUCUGGGCCCCUGCUGAAAGUCUCCUAUCCUGAAAAUUGUGGUUAAGUGAAUUAUCUGUUAGAGAAAACUUGUUGCUACUGUUUAUCAAGAUGAUUGCAACACCUUUGAAACAUCCAGGAAUUCAUUUGUCUUCAGAGACAUCUUCUCAAAGAAGAAAUAUGUCUAUGCAUGCAGUCUUUUUUGACAGCAUUCCUGCAGGCACACUUACUCCUGUAAAAGAUUUGGCAAAAUAUCAGAACCCCUCUUUAAAAUUGAAUGACCAUGAAAAGACUCAUUUCCUAGAAAUGACAAAUUUUAAUAAUAAAAAAAUAUUUCAUUCUACCAUGCUAGCAGAGACUACCUCCUCUAACAGCUCUCUUGAUAUCAGUGUUAUAAAGCCCAACAAGGAUAGAUUAAAAAAUAAAGCAAACUAUGAAUCACCAGGAAAAAUAUUUCAAAGAAUGAAAGAAAAAGUACUGCGUGACAAGCAAGAACAAGCGUCAGGCAACAGUAGUUUGUUGGAACCACUGAAAAGUGAAAAGAAAAUUUUCACUCCCAAAGGAGAUGAGAAAAGAGUAUUGCAGAAUACCUGCGUCUGUGAAGAAAAGGAAAACAACAAAUCACUCCGAUCAGAUAACAUUUCACCAAGAGUGCAAGAAGUUCCUCUAGAAUCAUCAAAUAGUACUUUCGUUCCGAUAAAGCAAAAGAUUCAAUGUCAGCAGGAAAAGAAAGCACCUCUGCAUAAUUUAACUUAUGAGAUUCCAUUUCUGAACCAAGAACAUGAAAAUGUUUCAGCUGCAGGAUUCUCAAACAAGACAUUACCUAGAACUCAGUUGGAUAAACAAAUUCUUCACUCAAAGGAGAAUACAUUUGUAACCACUAAGUCUACAAAGGACACCUUUGUUUUAGAAGGUGUUGAUUCUAUCAUUGAAAAAUCCCAAAAUACUACUGUUGAGACUCUAAAUACUAACUGUGUUCCUGUUAAAAAUGAUGAUCAGUUAAUGGUUUCUGAUAGUAAACUGGCAACAAAAAGGACUUCACAACAGGAAAUUAAGGAAGGAAAUGAGAACUCAGUGCCCAGAGAGACCGAUCUUCUGGGUUCCAUGAAUGAUACAUGUAAAAUCGUGCUUGCAACUCCAAGAUUUCAUAUAACAAUACCUCAGAAAUCAAAAAGAAAUGCUUCAAAUCAUUCUCUUCCAAGUACACCUCAAACUCUUUCAAAUGAAGUUAAAGAAAUUAAGGUGGUCCAACUACAGGAAUGGAUGAUUAAAGUCAUCAAUAAUAAUACUGCUAUAUGUGUAGAAGGAAAAUUGACAGACAUCACUAACAUAUAUUGGCACAGUAACGUAAUUAUAGAACGGAUUAAGCACAACAAACUUAAGACUUUAUCAGGCAACAUUUAUAUAUUAAAAGGGAUGAUAGACCGGAUUUCCAUGAAAGAAGCAGGAUAUCCAAAUUAUCUCAUAAGGAAGUUUAUGUUUGGCUUUCCAGAAAAGUGGAAAGAGCAUAUUGAUAAUUUUCUAGAACAAUUAAGGGCUUGUGAAAAGAAAGAGAGAAAGGCCAGACAAAAACAGAAAACUGGAAAAUUUAUCCCUGACGUACAAAAAUCAGCGAAAAAUAAUGCAAGAGAAAACCAAACAGAUGUUCUGCAAAGAGCCAGCACCACUUAUGACAUUGAUUGUUGUCAUUUGGAACUGAAAAAUGGUAAGCGCAGGAGGUUGCCAGCAGCCCCAGAAUUAAACGUGUGCCAUGAUAAUUGCCAAAAUAAACCACGAUUAAGGCUCUCAGAUGACCAAAUGCAUAAUACUUGUCAAAAUGGAGGAGAAAAUGACUUAACUAAUCAGGAAAUAAUUGGAAAGAAAGCAUACAAAAAGUUGUCUUCAAAGAAACUUGAAAAUUGUGAAAGAACAAAUGAAAGGAUAAUUAAAAGUCAGAAGCAAGAGAGAACUGAAGAAUCGAAUGUAUCCAUUGACAUUCUGACCUUAAGGCAACCGUUUUUCUUGGACGAAGAAAGAAAAUGUAUGGCUCUUAAUCCGAAGAAAGCUUAUAUUUUAAUGACACCACUUAAAUCUAAAAAAGUGAUAGAACAAAAAUGCAUGAAGUAUAAUCUCUCUUAUAGCACCAUUAAAGCAGUUACAGAUUUUGCAGUGCCAAAGCAUCAAAAAGAAAGUAAAUCAGACUUAAAUGAAACUACCAGUUUGAUCAGUAAGCCCACAAAAACCUUCAAAAAUGCAUUUGAGUUUAGUGAGGGCCAUGAAAGUAAAAACAAGGAAGACUGCAGUGAAUGUGAUUUACUCACUGUCAACCAGAAAAUCAAAAUAUCUAGUCCUAAAAAAGAACAAAUGGUCACCUCUGACUUUAAGAAAAAUGCAAGGUUGUUACCAAAAUCGAAGAAAAUAAAAAAUGUGUCUAUGUCAUUUUACAAGCAGCAGUCCUCAUCAGAUUUGUCUAGUGAAGAGAGUGAAACAGAAAAGGGAAUUAGAAGGAAAGCUGCAGUUGCUAAGAAAAAUACAGCAAGAAAUACUGAAGAAACAGUGGUUCACCUGAGGAAAAGCACAAGAAACACCACAAGGAAAAUCCCAGUGAUUUCUGAAUCUGAAACUGAAGAAAGUGAAAGUGAAUUUUAUAUCAAACAAAAGAAAGCUAGAUGUUCUGCUAAAGAAAAUCUUCAGAAGUCUGGUAUUAGGAAUGAGUUUCCAGUUAUUGAGGCGAUCAGAUCUGAUGAGACAAACAGGCAUCCCAUUGAAUGUUUUCCUGGUUUAAUUCAGGAUGAGGAAUGGAAUGAGAAGGAAUUACAGAAACUUCAUUGUGCUUUUGCAUCUUUUCCAAAGCACAAACCUGGUUUCUGGUCAGAUGUAGCAAUGGCUGUAGGUUCUCGAUCUGCUGAAGAAUGCCAGAGGAAAUACAUGGAAGACCCCAGAGGAAAAGAAUCCCAGAAACCUGUCACUAAGAAAAAACCAGUUAACCCCAAAGGCCAAAAUGGCAAAAUAGGUGAUGCUGAUAAGAAGCAAAUGAUUAAGAUAACUGCCAAAGUGGGAACUCUUAAAAGGAAGCAGCAAAUGAGGAAUUUUCUGGAACAGUUGCCAAAAGAUGAUCAUGAUGAUUUUUUCAGUACAACACCUUUGCAGAACCAGAGAGUAGUGUUGCCAAGUCUCCAGGACAGUGCAGAAGAGGAUGAUAUUCUGCCCAGUAUGGACAAAAAUCCAACAACUCCAUCAUCAGUUGUCUUUCCAUUGGCAAAAACUCCUCAGUGUCAGCAUGUCAGUCCUGGCAUGCUAGCCUCUAUAAAUAGGGAUGACUGUGAUAAAUAUGUUUUUCGUAUGCAAAAAGAACAUAAAAGUAAAGGUGGCAUUGUCUGGGGCAAUAUCAAGAAAAAAACAGUUGAAACUGAGUUUUCAACUCCAACAUCAAGGAAAAAAACUCUGUAUAACAAAGAAUUAGGAGAACACUCUGGUAUUGGAAAACUUUUCACCAAUGCUAUGGAGUCUUUAGAUGAAGAAGAGAAAGAUUAUUAUUUUUCAAACUCUGAUUCUGCAUAGUAUAAAUGAGAAAAUAUUUCCAGGAUUUUUGUCAAGAAGCAGACAGUGUAUUUAUAUCUUUUUUUGGAAUACAUAUUAUUUUCCUUAUAAUGUGCCUUCAUAUGAAACUGUGGAUUCCUUCUCAAAGGUUUUAGGUGUUUGUAUUCAGAGUAAAACAUCCUUCUGUAGAAUGCUGUUCAUUGAUUUAGGUUACUAAAAUAUAAGGAAAAUUGUUUUGCUUGUAUACAUACUUGUAUAUUUCUGUUUUUUGAACAUUAAAAUAUUCUAGAUAAGUCUCUCUUAAGCAUCUGUUUAAGAAAAUCAUGUCCUAAACAGAUUUUUUUAAAAAGCUUCCAAGAAAAUGUUGCUACCCUUAAGGGGUAGGGGAGGGGAAAUAAAAAGUAGACUGUAUUGCUGGCUACAAAUUCAUGACAACUGUAUUAGCAUUUGUUACCACUUGAUUUUUUCCUUAAAACUUAUCAUUGGCACAGCUAUGAAACCUAUGUAAAUUUAGUACUUUUAUUAGGUAGAAUCAGAGAAUAAAUUUUGUCACAUUAAGCCUUAUUUACAUAUGCAGACAUUCAUAGUUUACAUUUGGCCUUAGUAUUAAAGACUGGAUUAGACGUUCACGUAAUUGAUCUACCAUUAUAAAGAGUCAAGUUAAUAUGCCAUGUCAUAAUAAAACAUUAUUUUCCUCCUUUCAGACAGCUCCUUUGGAAAUAAACUUUUUUUAGCUUAUUCUGUCAUUCUGUUUUAAAAUUUGACAGAAUAUUUCUCCUCUGGUUACAGUAUAUAUUCACUUACCCUUUCUCUCCAGUUAGAUUGUUCAAAUAAAUUUUGCUUUUAGAACAUU